AUGUUUGAUAUCGUCCCAACUACCCAAACAUCAUCCACAUCUAGUUCAGCAACAACUCCAGUUUUAUCUCAUGUAAGAACAGUGACAAUUGACCCAGUGAUUUAUAUUCCAGACACGGAACCCAUUACGCCUCCAGGAGCACCAUGUGAAAGUCAAGGAACAGUAAUUCAUAGUAGUGAACCUACAUUAGUAGUUGUACCCACGCCGGUGAGAGACCGAGUUUUUUUCGGCCCCACGGUUGUACCAUCUGUUAAUCUCUUAGCAUUCAGUGACAACUUAUUAAGUGAUUCUCAAACCAUUCCAACUUCCGAGUUUUUCGAAAUUUCCGAAUCAACAGUGAUGACUCAACGUCCAAUCUAUACGAUCAUUGCUGAUAGCCAUCUUCAAUAUUUGCCCAAACGUAUUCGUCGACAACAUUAUGAUAUACAUAUUGGCAUUAUUAGAGGAUUACAGUGGUUUGAUCAAUAUGAUAAUCGGUUAUCUGUUGAAACUAUCAUCAAUAAACCAGAAAAUGUACAAUCUAUAGCUUCAUCUGCUGCAGUUUUACUUGCAAUUGGCACAAAUACUGUGCGAAAUGUAGAAUCAUUUCGUGCUAUUCGACAUGUGUGGCAAACAGUUAACAAGAUUCAAGAACAGCACCCUCAGUCAUCCCACUCCCAUUUGAUUGUCACUCGCUGCUUUCCAUGUCAGCGAGAAACAAAACCAUUCCCCGUAGAUUUGUUACAAAAGAACAUCAGCACCUACAACAAUUUAUUGUACAAUUUGUCAAGACAAUUACAAUUUUCUAUUCUGGACUAUAGAUCAAUCUACAGUCACUUCGAUGCUCUCCAACCACAAGUUUCUCCAGCUGCUUAUCUUAACCGUUCAACAUCUCCUCCAUCCCUUACUUCUCAUCGUCGCUAUUCCCAAACACCAUCUCCUCACACAUCCUCCUCAACUACUCCAAAACAUGGACGUUGGACUUCGCCGCCGCCAGUUCCAUCGGUCCUUCAACCAACUCCGCAGUCUUUUAAUCAUCAACACCCACCAGUACCACAGAAUCUGACCCCUUAA